AUGGGUCCAUCGGCAUUUCAGGAGGAGAUCCGUCACUUGGGUUCCGGUGCCUUCGGCUCCGCUGUCUUGGUGCGCCGCAUCAAAGAUGGCCGACGGCUGGUGGCCAAGAAGUGCUCGGUGAAGGACAUGGAAGAGAAGCAACGGAAUAUGUGCUUCGAAGAAAUCGCGCUGUUGCAGAAAGUCCGCCACGAGUGCGUCGCGCAGCUGGUGGACUUCGUUUGGGCAUCAAAGGAUAUGCUCAGCUACUGGAUUGUCCUGAAGUUCUAUCCCGGUGGAGAUGUACAAACCGAGAUCGACACCUGCCGGGAGACGCGUGGUCGCAGUACCAGGAAUGACUUGGAGCUGCCCAUGGGCAAAGUAAAGAACUGGGUGACACAACUCUGCAUGGCCUUGAAGCAUGUGCACAAGCUUCGAAUCGUCCAUCGUGAUGUCAAGGGCAGCAACAUGUUCAUAACAGGAGCUCGAAACAUUGUUCUAGGCGACUUCGGGGUCAGCAAGCAGCUCUCGGAGUCACAACAAAAAGCCAUGACUUCAGUGGGAAGUCCAAUGUACAUGGCGCCAGAAUGGUGGGAUGGCCGUGGCGGCACGGCCUACUCGGACAUGUGGAGCGUGGGUGUUGUCUUGUACGAGUUGCUGGCGCUGCGCAGGCCUUUUGAAGCGCAGAAUGUCCUUUCCUUGGUGCACAAGAUCACCACCGAGGAUCCACCAGCACUGCCAACGGCGGAUCGGCAGCUGUCCAGCUUGGCCCUGGAGCUCUUGAACAAGCGGCCUGAGCGAAGACCCACUGCUGCUCAAGCAUUGGAGUCCAAAGGCUUAGAAGAUGCUGAGAAGAUUUUGCAGAUCUACCGGGAAGCACUGGAAAAAAAAUCCGAUCGGCAUCAAAGGAGGCUUGCAAGAGAGGAGGAUGUCGCAGCCGGCAGAAAACCUCGGCCUAGCAGGUCUAGCAGUAUCAGCAGCGAAUGUGAGAGCAGUGGAAAUGCUGCUGGGUUGCGGGCUGUCAAUCUUGUUGAUAUUGCUCGUAGGCUUGCUUGUGGCGAGUUGUUGAUUUCUCUUCAUCCACCAAUCUGCCACAGAAAGCCACAAAGUCCGACAACCCUGAGUUUGUUGGGCUACCAGUUGACUGCAGAAUGGUUUUUUCAUGUUUUUUCCAUGAAUUGCCACUUUCUCCCUGGCAAGAUAUGGAAUUUCAAGUCGCUCUAUGGCUCAGAAUCACAAGCAUCGAAAGAGUAUGCUAAAUAUCGAUCCACCAGCGACACAUCGGAAUGCUCCACCGGGUUGAGGCAGGCGGCAGCAUCUUCAGCGGUGGAUGAGGAAGAAGGCAGCCACCGGAUUCAGCUGUUUUUUUUUCUGCGGUACUAUUUAUCACUUCUAUACUUCUCUUCUGAAUGUGGCCAUCUUUCUGAGUUGGAAGCCUUGGCGAGUGCACAAGUUUAA